AUGAAGGCUUGUCUACGUCACCUUGCCUUAAUUGUUCUAAGUUUAUUGACUUGCUAUUCAGUUGAAUAUACAUUAAAAUGGCGGCACUUGUUAACCUACCUCUUGGAGCAACAGUCCAGACUUUAUGGGUACGGCGCACUGGGACGGACUCCGAGCUGAGAAUCAAGCAGGCUCAAGAGAUGUGUAUCCGGGUAGGUUUUGUCUACUUUUCUGUGGUUGGAAAUGGAGUUGCCCAACAACGUUGUUUUGGAUCCAAGGACCAUGGGCAUUUCUCGAAAUUGGGGGUUUCGGCCUAGAUCACAGGGUAGUAGUAGUAGUAGUCUUUUUCCUGUAGUUGUCGAAGGGAGGCACUUCGGCAUCCGACAGACUUCAAGGAGUUGAUCCUUGGAAUCAAGCUACUGCAAUCACCCGUAGCAGCAGAGGAGACAGAAGGUAUCGGAAGAAGCAUCCACCUGGAAAGACCCUCUGGGCUGGAGUCGAAAAGCUAUAGAGCCUUCCGUACAGAGGUCUUUGGAGGCUGCGUUACCAAUAUAACUUUCCUGCUAAUUUUAAUCUAUUAUUCACUUGACCCUUCAACUAUUGUGAUGGCUAUCAACUCUGGAGGCUCAGCUUACACUUCUUUAUAUGGAUUUUCAUAUAUUGCUGAUACUUAUUCAACUGGAGGAAGUAAUCAUGUAAUCACUGGCUCUACAAUAGCUAACACCAAGGACGAUUCUAUGUACUUAUCAGAGCGAUAUGGCACAACUAACUGGGGAUAUAACCUUCCUCUCAGCACAGAUGGGACAUAUGUUUUAAUUCUCCAGUUCUGUGAAAUCUAUUUUACGACUACAAAUAUAUCGUUUUCAUCGCUAUAGAUCACUAUGACUUUCAAAAAUAUAAAUUAUUUUGCCUAAUAAGUAUUAUAUACUGCAUAGUUUUUCUGAAAAUCUGGUGGACAUGUAGGAAAAUAUUUACCUGUAAUCAUUUUAACAGAUUAGGUAUAGCAGAAAGUUCACAGUAAAAAUUGGAAGCUAUACUGUAGCCAAUAACCUUGAUUUAGUAGCUACUGCAGGACCAUUAACAGCUUAUGAUAUAUUCACAGAAUUCACGCUUUCAAGUGGCACAGUUUCAAUAGCAGGAAACGCGAUAACAGGUGCUUAUACAGGCGGAAAUUUGAUAGUUACUUUUACUCAAGUUUUGCAAAAUCCUCAGCUUGCAGGACUAAUCAUACCCUAGACUCUAUACAGAAAACUUCUUUUUGACCAAUAAUAAGCAGAAUAUAUCUUAAAAAAAUUAAUAAAUAUAGGAAUUUUGACAGGAAAUUUAUAUUUUAAUAUAAAAAAAUUCCUAUUCAGCCAAAAGAUUUAGUAAGUGGAGACUGUAGAGUGGCUGAUUACUGUAAUAUGUGCUAUCAAGUAAGAUGCAUGGUCUGCAAUGCCCCAGCUUUGUCUUGCACAACUUGCAUUGCUAAUGCUUCUCCUGUCAGUGGAGUGUGCCAAUGUAAUGCAGGAUAUUACUGGACGACGACCACAAGAACGUGUGUUCCUUGUGAUAAUUUAUGUAUAUCUUGUAGCUCAGAUAAUUUUAUUUGUGCAACUUGUUCAGGCUCAAAUGUAUUAGUUUCAAGUGUUUGCUUAAGAGCUUGUCCAUAUGGAUUUGGCACAUCUUGUGCUUCAGUUUCAACAGCAGUUAUAAACCAAAAUUUUGCUGAUUAUUUUUACGGAGCAUAUGGUUUAUUUAGAACAGGGACAAGCUUAAGUAGUUAUUAUUUUUUUAAUUCUCCUGAAACAGUAGAUCCUAUCCCAGCUAAAAGUCGAGGGCUUUAUUUUUCUGGAGGCUCUUAUCUUCAAACGACUGGGACUGUUUAUAUUUCUCUAAAUUUUUCAAUUGGGAUGUGGGUUUGAAUAUUAUCUGGCUCAGGAGAUAUCUUGACAAAUAGUUCUGGAUAUAAAAUUAGGAUAUCUGCAAGCGGAGUAAUGACAAUUAUAUUAGAAAGUAUAGCAGAAGCAACGACUACAGUAUAGCUUGGAAGGCUUUUAGCCUCUCCUUAGAGAUCAUAGGACUCUUUUGUGGCUAGUCAAUAUAAUAAAUAUUUUUUAUUAAGCUUGAAAAUUCAGUCUUAAUUGCCGAAAUUAUGCAGGAUUAUCACUAGUACGAGCCAGUAGACUCAACAUCUGAGCCAAUAAGCUCCAAAAAAGUUCAAAGCAUUCUCAAGCUAUAACAACUGCAGCACUUAACCCUUCAAAUUCAGCCUGAGCUUACAUUUCUUUUAUAGUCUCAUUUUCAUCAGCCACAACUUCUACAACAAUUGUCCCUUACCUCAAUAAUUCUCCACAAGCAUCUGUAACAUCCAGUGGAUACAUAUAUAGAGACGCUAUCAAUAAUUAUUUAAUCCUUGGAAAAAGCUCUUUAACUAAUUUUUUAGGGUAUAUUUAUCAAUUUACUCUAUGAAAUGCAGCAGUUUCAAAUUUUAACACUCAAUACUCAGACCAAAUAUGUGGCACAGGGGCAGUCGCUAACUGUCUUUGGACAUGCCCAUUAUCUCAGUGAAUGAAUGGGGCAACGCCUACAAAUUGCAACUCAUGCACAAAUGGUUGUGUCAGAAAUGUAUCCUGCAAUGUUUGUUUUGACCCCCUUUGUAGUGUUUGUACAGGAUUCUUGACAGGCCUAUGCACACAAUGUGUUACUAAUGCAUCUGGGGCUCCUUCUACUUGUGCUUGCAAUGCGGGAUAUAUUCUCUCUUCUGAUGGGUUUUCAUGUGUUCCUUGUUAUACUGGAUGUGCUUCAUGUACUGGGACUUCUUAUUAUCAGUGUAGCUCCUGUCUUUCAAGCUAUUAUUUAUUAAAAACAAUGUGCCUUACUUAUUGUCCUUCUGGGUAUACAGCUGAUUCAUCUGGCCAUUUGUGUACUUUAUCUACAUCAAAUCCUUUAAGUAUUGCUCUCCAGAAUUUGAUACAAUUGGACACAGUAAGCGGAGUUUCAGUAGGAUCUUCAAAUACAAAUAAAUAUCCGACUUGGGAAACAACUGAUCCAAUUCCUUCAAUUUAUAGAGGAUAUUAUUUCUCAGGUAGUAAUUAUAUGAGCCUUGCAUCAUUUACAAUCAGUCCAUAUUUUUCGCUGCUAAUAUGAAUAAAGCCUCUAAGUGAUGGAUAUUUAUUUAUGAAGUUUGAUGGCACAACAAAGUAUUCUUAUGUUACUAUAUCAUCUGGAAUCUCUUCUAUGAAUAUUCUUCUUGCAGAUUCCAAUUUACUUAGUGUAAGUGGCUCUUCAAGCAUUUUAUCUGGAUGGCAUUAUAUUGCGUUUACAGGUGGCCUUUCAUCUGGGAAUACUGUUAUAUCUCUAUCAAUUGAUGGAACUUCUGUCUCUUCAACUACUUCUGCAUCAUCCUCUUAUUACAAGGAUCUUGGCACACUUUACAUUGCGAAAGAUACUACUGCGUCUGGAGGUUUUACUGGCUUUCUAUGAAGUCUAAAACUUUACAAUGACAAUACGUAUGCAGCUCAAGAAUGGAAAACUUCAGGAUGUCCCACCGGCUGUACUACUUGUCCUUCCGAAUUGAAAUGUCCAGACAGCUGCUCUUUUGGACAAUUUUAUUCAAGUUCUUGCACAUCUUGUGUAGGCUCAUGUCCUUAUGGGUGCAGAUCAACACUGACUUGCAGGCUUUGCAAAGAUAAAGAAUGUCUUGCGUGCACAACUUUUGAUGGUCCUUGCACGUCCUGCAUAACUAAUGCAAGCAUCUCAGGUACAACAUGUGUUUGCAAUAACAACGCUUUUUGGGAGCAAAGCUCAGAUGGGUGUCAAAUUUGUGAUAAUCUAUGCAGCCAAUGCCAAACAAAUAAAUACUUUUUAUGCUCAUCAUGUGGGACGUAUUAUCUUGUUUCAAAUGUUUGUCUAAGAAGCUGCCCUUAUGGGUUUACAAGUCCAUGUGUGACAGUUACUUCACCUGUUAUAGAUGUAGCAUUUAAUGGAGAUUUUCAAGGAACUUACUCUAUUUUUACUACUGGAACAAGUGCAAGUUUUUAUCAAUUUUUUAACUCACCAGAAACAGUUGAUCCAAUUCCUGCAAAACAAAGAGGGCUCUAUUUUAACGGAAGCCAAUAUUUAAUGUCGAACACUAAUGUAUAUCUCUCACAUAGUUUUGCUAUGGGCCUCUGAAUUUAUGUGACAGCUACAGGAGAUAUUUUAUCGAAUUCCAGAAUUAUUGUUGAUUCAUCUGGCUCAAUAAAAAUACCGCUAGAGAGUCCAUUAGAAGUAACUUCGUCUCAAACUCUAUCAGGCACUUCUUUUGCAGUGUGAAUAUUUUUGUCAUUUACUUCUUCAUUUAACAACCCUGCGAUUACAACAACUUUAACAAUAUAUAAUAAUAACAAUCAGGUCGCCUCUUCAACUUAUAAUACUGUUAUUUAUAGAGAUCAAACUAACCAAAAAAUUAAAAUUGGUGGCAGCUCAACUUCCUAUUUUACUGGAUUUAUCUACAAUUAUAAGCUCUGAAAUGUUGCAAUAUUUGAUUUUUCGACACAAUUAAAUGAAAUUUGUGGCUCUGGAUUAUUAGCGUCCUGUUUAUGGGCGUGCAAUAUCAAUUAUUGAUGGAAUGGAGCAGCAUUUAAAAGCUGUGAUACAGGCUGUGUCUUAGGCUGUACUAGAAAUGGAUCAUGCAAUAUUUGUGAUGACCCACUUUGUAGUGUAUGUACUGGAUUUGACGCAAAUAAAUGCACACAAUGUGUUACUAAUGCAUCUGGGGCUCCUUCUACUUGUGCUUGUAAUGCUGGAUAUAUUGUCUCUUCUGAUGGGUUUUCAUGCGUUCCUUGCUAUACAGGAUGUGGCUCAUGCACUGGGACUCUUUAUUAUCAGUGCAGCUCCUGCCUUUCAAGCUAUUAUUUAUUAAAAACAAUGUGCCUUACUUAUUGUCCUUCUGGAUAUACAGCUGAUUCAUCUGGACAUUCUUGUACUUUAUCUACAUCAAAUCCUUUAAGUAUUGCUCUCCAGAAUUUGAUACAAUUGGACACAGUAAGCGGAGUUUCAGUAGGAUCUUCAAAUACAAAUAAAUAUCCGACUUGGGAAACAACUGAUCCCAUUCCGUCGAUUUAUAGAGGAUAUUAUUUCUCAGGUAGUAAUUAUAUGAGCCUUGCAUCAUUUACAAUUAGUCCAUAUUUUUCGCUGCUAAUAUGGAUAAAGCCUCUAAUUCUUCCUUCUGCUUGGAGUAGUAAAAUUAAUGAAAAAUUGUGCUUUUAAUUAUUAGAGUUAAUUAUUCUAAAUGUAAAUUUAAGAUUUUUCAUUAUAUCUUAGUGAACGAAAAUAUCUUUCUUGCUUAUGGAUAGGAAGUAAGUGAUGGAUAUUUAUUUAUGAAGUUUGAUGGCACAACAAAGUAUUCUUAUGUUACUAUAUCGUCUGGGAUCCCUUCUAUGAAUAUUCUUCUUGCAGAUUCAAAUUUACUUAUCGUCGCUCAAGCUAAUAAGGGUGGAUAAGAGCCUUUCUCGUUAUUUAAAAUAUUUAUAAGGAUUCUUAUUUUUGAAAUCUCAUUUUUUUCAAUUUUAUAUUUUUUUAACUAUGCAAUAAUAAUUGUUUUUUAAAAAAAUUAUUUUAAGCAGAAGCUCGCUUAUGAAUUAAAACUCACGUUAGAAUACUUAAAAUAAAAGAAAGUUACCUUUUUUGCUAAAAUUAAAGAAUCAAUUUAAUUUUAAGAAAAAUUAAAGAUGAGAUAAAAUUUAAUAUUUGAUAAAUAAUGAAAUUAAUUUAUACUUGUUAUAUUUUAAAUAAGGCGAAUUAGUGUAAGUGGCUCUUCAAGCAUUUUAUCUGGAUGGCAUUAUAUUGCGUUUACAGGUGGCCUUUCAUCUGGGAAUACUGUUAUAUCUCUAUCAAUUGAUGGAACUUCUGUCUCUUCAACUACUUCUGCAUCAUCCUCUUAUUACAAGGAUCUUGGCACACUUUACAUUGCGAAAGAUACUACUGCAUCUGGAGGCUUUACUGGCUUCCUAUGAAGUUUAAAACUUUACAAUGACAAUACGUAUGCAGCUCAAGAAUGGAAAACUUCAGGAUGUCCCACCGGCUGUACUACUUGUCCUUCCGAAUUGAAAUGUCCAGACAGCUGCCCUUUUGGACAAUUUUAUUCAAGUUCGUGCACAUCUUGUACAGGCUCAUGCCCUUAUGGGUGUAGAUCAACACUGACUUGCAGACUUUGCAAAGAUAAAGAAUGUCUUGAAUGUACAGCUUUUGAUGGUCCUUGCACGUCCUGCAUAAAUAAUGCAAGUAUCUCAGGCACAACAUGUUUUUGCAAUAAUAACGCUUUUUGGGAACAAAGCUCAGAUGGGUGUCAAAUUUGUGAUAAUUUAUGCAGCCAAUGCCAAACAAAUAAAUAUUUUUUAUGUUCAUCAUGUGGAACUUAUUAUCUUGUUUCAAAUGUUUGUCUAAGAAGUUGCCCUUAUGGGUUUACAAGCCCAUGCGUUACAGUUACAUCUCCUGUUAUAGAUGUAAAGUUUAAUGGAGACUUUCAAGGAAUUUACUCAAUUUUCACUACAGGAAUUAGUUCAAGCUCCUACCAAUUCUUUAACACCCCUGAAACAGUUGAUCCUAUCCCUGCAAAACAAAGAGGGCUCUAUUUUAAAGGAAGCCAAUAUUUAAUAUCAAAUACCAAUGUAUAUCUCUCACAUAGUUUUGCUAUGGGCCUCUGAAUUUAUGUGACAGCUACAGGAGAUAUUUUAUCGAAUUCCAGAAUUAUUGUUGGUUCAUCUGGCUCAAUAAAAAUACCGUUAGAGAGUCCAUUAGAAGUAACUUCUUCAGAAACUUUAUCGAGCCCUUCUUUUUCAAUGUGAAUUUACUUAUCAUUUACUUGCGUAUUUAACAAUCCUGCGAUUACAACAACGUUGAAAGUAUAUAAUAAUAACAAUCUGGUAGCUUCAUCAACUUAUAAUACUGUCAUUUAUAGAGAUCAAACCAAUCAAAACAUUAAAAUCGGCGGAAGUUCAGCUUCCUAUUUUAAAGGCUUUAUUUACAGCUAUCAGCUCUGAAAUGUUGCUAUAUUCGAUUUCACAACACAAUUAGAUGAAAUUUGUGGCUCAGGACUAUUAGCAAAUUGUUUAUGGGCAUGUGAUAUUAACGAUUAUUUAGACUCAACAUACAAAAAUUGUGAUACAGGCUGCAGUUUAGGAUGUACAAGAAGCGGGUCAUGCAAUAUUUGUAACGAUCCUCUUUGUAGUGUAUGUACUAGUUUUGAUGCAAAUAAAUGCACCACUUGUGUUUCUCAUGCCCACAAUACCCCAUGUAGCUGUGAUUCAGGCUAUUCUUUAUCUUCUGAUGGCUUUUCUUGUGUACCCUGCUUUACUGGCUGUUCUUCAUGUUCGUCAUCACAAUAUUACCAAUGUUCAGGUUGUGUUUCUACUUAUUAUUUAUUAAAUGUCCUAUGCGAUGCACAAUGUCCAAGCGGUUAUAGCCAAAAUUCAGGCACAAAUAAAUGUGAUUUGACUAGUAAUUUGGUUAUUGAUUUAGAAUUUGAUGAUUAUAUAGUGCUUGAUAAUUUAUUAGGAUUUGACGUUGGAAACAGCAAUACAAACACUUAUCCAAAUUUUGAUACAAAUGACCCUACUCCAGCAAUUAAUCGUGGAUAUUAUUUUACUGGACAAAGCUAUAUGAAAGGGUCUGCUGUUUUUAGUCCUUAUUUCUCAGUCAUGCUAUGAGUCAAAGUUAUAGACCAAGGAGUUUUGAUUGAAAAAUACAAUGUAGCUAUAGCAUAUUUUGCUAUAGAAAUUGAUACGAAUAUGUUUUCUAAGCUAUAGUUAAGACUAUAGAAAAGAUCGUUGUGGUGCCUAAAAUGAGCAAUAUAUCCACCUUGCUUUACCACUGCAAGUCAUCUGCCUUCGGCUAUAAGCUUCCAGAAAUGGGCUCACAUGGGUCACCGUGCCCAUGAUUGACUUGGUUGCCUUCUGGAAAACUUGUCUAGAUUUUAACUAAUCGCGCUAGAAAUUUGUUCCAUUCGCCCAAAGGACCUUGCUGAACCUUUCCUUUCCAACUCCAAUAGACUAUCUCUCUACAAGGUAAAACUCUGAUGGGCUGCGGUCCCUAGCCCGACAUUACACUCCACAAACCAAGUAAAGCCUGGACAUAUGCACACAUCCUUACUUCCAGAGACCCCUAUACUAAGAUAUUAAGAGGAUGGGUUGAUUUGCCGCACCAUUUUAAUGCAUAUCCUAAUAUGUUUCCAAAUCUUAAUUUAUUACUAAAAGAUGGAUCAUCGCUAAAUUCAGUAGGAUCUCAAAGCGUAGUCUCUGAUUGGCAUUACUUGUCGUUUUCUGGAUCAAUUAAUUUAGAUGGAACAUACAGCUCAAAUCUUUAUGUUGAUACCAAUUUACUCAUAACAAGUACUUCUACACCUAAGACAUACUUAAGAGACAGUACUUCUGGAACUCUUCUGAUUGGCGUUGACCAUUCAUCUACAACUGGUUUUAAAGGGUUUCUAUGAAAUUUGAAAAUCUAUAAUGACGAGACUUAUGCAAAUUCAGCAUGAGUCUCUACAACUUGUACUGUAAAUCCUUGCACAAGUUGAGAAAUACAAUGGUGACAUCAACAGAAAUUGGUCUCCGAGGCGCACUCCUUGCAGGAGCAGGUUGAACCCCUGCCAGAUGGGUAGACAGAUCUCUCACAUAGUCUUUGUCCAUCAAGGCAUCCUAAAGUGGGUUGCUCUAACUUAGGAAGCUGGUCUUUGGGCUGGGUGAGUCUUACCAGAAAAUUCAAGAAUGGAAUUUUAGUUGGGUCUUACACCAUUUGCACUCUGGUGUAUGCGCACCCAGCAUAGGCCACCUUUCCUGUAGUCCGCCAAGAGUGGUUCCGCUUAUGGCAGUUUAGACUCUUAGUCUUAGUUUUGCACAAGUUGCCCGAUUGGAAAUUUCUGUCCUAGUUCUUGCUCAUUGGCAAAUUAUCCAGGCAGCUCUUUUUGUGGUUCGUGCAAGAGUUCUUCAUGCUCUUAUGGAUGCAGAAGCGAUCUGACCUGCCGACUUUGUAGAGAAAAAGAAUGCUAUUCUUGUAUAUCAUUCUCAAAUAAGUGCUUAACCUGUAUUAUUAUAAAAAAUGAGCUUAAGAGAACACAUUUUGUGAGGAAAUUUAACAUAAAUUGCUAUUUUAUUAUUAUAGUGUUUGUUUUUCCAGAGAAUCUAAAUCCAGCCACACUUGAUAAGCAGCAGAGGGAGUUCACAGCCUCGUAGCCCUCUUAGACUCACAGAAAAUUAUGGUUUACUGCUCAGCUUUCCAGAAAAAGGAGACCCUAAGUGCAAGCUGAUUUAUCGAGGAGAACUCGUUUAUGGGGUAAAAUGGUCAGCUAGCGAAAACUAUAUACAAGGUCUGCCCAUUUUGUCAAAUGGCUCAAGACGCCAUCCAGUUGGCUUGGCCAUGUGUGUUAUAAAUUCUUAAUCUAAUGUAUGAUACUUAACCUGCAUCACAAAUGCUGGAUUUGUAGGAAACUCAUGCCAAUGCAAUCUAAAUGCAUAUUGAAAUGGGAAUACAGAGACUUGUGACCUUUGCCACACUAUCUGUACAUCUUGCUCUGGGCCUUCUUUUACAGAAUGCAUUCAAUGUGGAUCUUCCUUAUUUAUGCUUUCAAACGUUUGUUUAGAGUUUUGUCCUUCAGGAUAUACUAUAAGUGGUAAUCAAUGUAUAUUAUCUAAUGAGCUUGUUUUCAGCUUGAGGCUAAGCCAGAUAAAAGAUAUUGUUUAUGAUUCAAUAGGAAAUAUAGCUUUUCAAACAGGAAACGAUAAUAGUUUUUACCCUUUCUAUACUCCUGAAGAUCCAUAUGCAGCAAAAUUAAGAGGAUACUAUUUUAGAGGGACAUCAUUUAUGAAAUCGAUUGAUAAUCCUCCAUCCUUAACUUUUGGAGCAGAAUUUACAAUAUCAGCAUGAAUAAAUCCAACUUUAGGCAAUGGGUACUUAAUUUCUAACUCCUACAGAAAUUUUUUGUGAAAAAUAAUAAACCAUUUGAUAAUGAGGAAUUUUGAGGGUGAAGUUGCACAAGCUGCACCUCAAGAUGAAUAUUCCAUAAGUAUGUUGUUUAAUAAAGUGUAAUUUCAGUGUUUAUUUUCUCAGGUAAUAUGCAAAAACAUUUUCGCUAUCAAAUGGAUGAAGAGUAAGCAAGACAACUCACUUUCAAGUUUUCUUACUUUUUCACUAAGCUCAGGAAAACUUAAUUUUUCAAUGAAAUUAAAAGAUGGGACGACAGUUUCGUAUAUGACUUCAGCUUUAUCAGUUUCUUUAGGAUCUUGAAAUUUUAUUGCUGUUAAAAGUUUAAUUAGUUCAACUCCCCAGCAGAAAAUUUCAUUUUACAUUGAUUCUUCUAGUGAAAUCUCUUCUGAUCUCAGAUCCUCGUGGUAUCAGGAUAUUUCUUCAUCAUUUUUUAUUUCAAUUGGCGCUGGCUCUGAUUUAAAUGCAAAUCUCUAUAAAGGUUUCUUAUGAGGCAUCAAUAUUUAUAAUUUUGAUGAGCCUAUGUUAAGUAUUAUUAUAUCUGGGACUUGUUCAGGGUGCUCUUUAUGUCCUAUAGAAUUAUCAAAUACAUGCAUUCCGAAUUGUGAUUUGCCUUAUUAUCCUAAUAGCUUGGCUUGUGCUUCAUGUCAAGCUCAAUGUGGAUGGGGAUGCGUUAGGAAUGAUAAAAAUUGCAACUUGUGUCAAGAUGUAAUUUGCUUACUUCUCGUUAAGAUUUCUUUGCCGCUCCUGAGCAAUUUUUUUCUUUUAAUUCAAUGUAUUUUUUUACUAUCUCAGUGUUUGAAGAUAUUAUCUUAAUACGUAUAUAAUCUGUACAAGGAUUAUGAAAGGCUCCUGGCAAAUAAAAAAUUUCACACAUGAAGAUAUAUAGAAUUUUUCUCAGUGGCCAAAUCAAGGGCAAACAGCGCCAUCUAUGGAAAAAUUCUAUAUAAUUUAAAACCUAAAAUUCUCAGUAAUUAUGUAAUAGAUAUAUUUAUUUAAUUUUUAAUAUAUAAUUGUCAGUUUCCAAAACAAUUAAUUUUCUUUUGCAGCCAUGCUGUCUUAUAGCUCAGGAUGGUCUAUAUCUUGCAUAUUCUGAAGAGGAGAAGUUAGUUUGUGAUGACUAUACAUCAACUUGCAUAACUUGCAGAGACCAUGCUCAUUUAUCUUCAUCAGUUUGCGUAUGCAAUGACGGCUAUUACUGGGAUUUGGCAAAUGAAGAAUGCGCUGUAUGCGAUUCAACAUGUAAAACUUGCAAAUCCUCACUCCCAUUUCUGUGAGAGAACAGCACCAUUUAAAAUCCCUAUUUUUUCGCCAAAAGACAUCCUCUCUGUGAGUGAUCAAACAACUUUUAUAAAAAAAAAAUUAUCUUUAAGUGAUAUAGAAAAUUUCUAGCUAGUUCUAUUAAAUUUUAAACAGCUUGCAUUUUAAAAUAUAAAUUUUUACAAUUAAAUUAAUUUUCACUUUCUAUUUUUGCUUGGAUUUUUUUAAUUUCGCAAAAAAAUUGUUUAAUGAUAGGACAAUUUUUUUGUUCUUUCAUGGAGGAGGAUUUAGCUGCUAGUGACUGCAUAGUUUGCGCGUCUGGUCUUUAUAUGUAUUUAGGAUGAUGCAUUUCAGAAUGCCCAGAAGGAUUUAUAGAGAGUGGAUCAGUUUGUAUAGAAAAAGACCCAUUCAUUUUCUAUCUAUCUUUUGACACUCUUAAAGGGGUUGUUAUUGAUAAGCAAAGCAGCAUUCCAGCUUUAACUGGGAAUAGCACAGCAUUUUAUCCAGAUUAUGAUGAGUUUGAUCCAUUAGCUGCUGCAUAUAGAGGAUUCUAUUUUAAUGGUGUAAGCUCAGUUAUGCACUUACCUAUUUAUCCAGGAUACACCAGCCCAGUCCUUACUUUUUCAGUUUAAUUUCAAAUGCUAAGAUUUUGCAAUAAAAAGGAUAUAAUUUAUAAUUUUAAUCGAAGCCAUAUUUAUACAAUAUUUUUUAUUAAAGAGGGAAAAAAAAAAUAUAUUAUUCACCAAUUUAAAAAUAAAUUUUUUAAUUAAUCUAAGGAGGCUUAUAUAUUAUAAAAAUAUGCAUUUAUUUUUACUGAUGAUUCAUUGAGUUAGUUUUGGCUAUUCCUUUACCUUUUCUAUCUGGAUAAAUCUGGAGAAUGGCUUUGGGGCAAUCAUUUCAAAGCAAGAUAAACUAAAAAAUCCAAUUUUCUCUCUCACUAUAUCUUCUGGAACUGUAAUGGUUUCAUUAAACUUUAAAACUGCUGGAAUAGCUUAUUUCUAUUAUUUACAAAGCCUUAGUUUUUAUGAAUGAAAUCACAUUGCAUUCACAGCAGAAUACACAAGUUUGAAGCAUACCAAAAUCUCAUUUUAUUUGAACGGGAUUAUUGAUAAUCAGCUUGAUUUUGGCUCAGACUAUUUUAAUGAUAAAAAAACUGAUGUUUCUUUUACUUUAGGGGCCACAAAAGACUCUUCAGGAUAUACAAAUUAUUUUAAAGGCUUUAUUUAUGAUAUUAAAGGAUACAGUUCUGUAAGAAGUAUAUCAUCUCUUGCAUUACCUACAGCACAAUGCUCAGAAAACUGCAAAUCAUGUUUAACUACUGGAGUCUGCAUCCCUAAUUGUGUAAUUACUCAAUAUUGGGUAGGCCCACAAUAUAAUAAAUGCUCAAAAUGUAGCAAUGGGUGUAUGAGCUGCCGGGAUUCGAGUAAAUUCUGCAAUCUUUGUGAGAACCCAAAAUGCACGUCAUGUACUGAUUUUACAGCAGACUCCUGCCUUGAAUGUACUUCUGGGACUUCAAACAUCACAAAUUGCCAAUGUGACUAUGGUCUUGCUUGAAACUCAACCUCAGGAGCAUGUGAGACUUGUCAUCAAUGGCAAUUCAAAGCCAACGACUCCUGCAUUGACUGUCCUCCACUUUGUGCCCAAUGUGAUAGCCUAACUAAAUGCACAUGAUGUAUUAACAACGCUGUAUUAAACUCUGGAAGCUGCAGCUGCUCUCCAGGAUGGUUAGGAAAUACAACUUGUGUAUAUAUCCCUUUCAAUGUUACCCUCACAGUGAAUCUCAACAAUACUCUUGUCCUAACUUUCAGCGAUUUUCUAGUCACAAAUUUGACCAGUGGCAAUAUUUAUAUAAAAAUUCUUAACCAAACGGUCGAAUUUUUCUCAGUCACUUAUUUAUCAAAUAGCAGUUACCUUAUAACAUGUGAAUUUGGAGGCGGCAUUAAAAAAGGCACAAUAGUAAAAGUCUAUUUUAUAGAUCCAAAAGAAAUAUUGUCAGUCUCUGGCGGCGUAAUUCAUGACCAAUACGUAUCAGGGACUCUAUAUAAAUCAAUUAAAACUUCAGAAGAACAAGAAAUCGCCCAAAUCCAAAACCAAGUUUCUGCUGGGAUAAAAGCCCUGGUUGGCUCAGGAGCUGUUUUAGCUAUGCUUAAUCCAAGUCCUUCUGGAUUUUGGACAAUGCUGAACACUAUUCAGCUAUUGGCGUAUAUCCCUUAUGCAAAUUAUCCUUUGACAGACAAAAUAGUCGCAUUUUUUGAAGCAAUGAAUGGCUUUAAUUUUGUUCCUAACAUAUUUUCUUUAUUUAUAGAUAAAAAACAAGGAAAUUCUCCAUAUUAUCAGGCAGAAAAAUAUGGAUAUGAUAGCGAUUUAGUUCUGCUAAAUAUAGGAAAUGACGCUACAAUAUUAUGUGUUAUGAUAGCGAUGAUGCCUAUAACCUUAUAUUUAUCUAAAUGCUCAGAGAGACUUAUAGGGAAAAAAUUAAAAAAGAUUUAUAAUGAGUACAAGUUUGGGGUAUUUUUGAGAUUCUGAAUAUUAAUUUAUCUAGAAAGUGGAUUUGCGGCUAUUGUUGGAAUUUUGAGUGCUAAAAGAUCUGAAACUUAUCCAGGUGCUGUUGAGUUUUCUAACCUUCUGAUUUGUUGGGCUUUUAUUGUGAUGUUUAUUUAGAUAUUCAUAAUUUUGACUCCAAUGCUAUUGGUGUAUUCAAGCUAUAAAAAUUCCAAAAAUAUUUUAUAUAAGAGAAACAAAAAAUGGUUAAUACCUUGAAACUCUCUUUAUUAUGAGUUUAAAAACGAUUUAGGGUUCAUGAGCACACAAUAUUAUACACUAUUUUUCACAAGACGGUUAAUUUAUAUUGCAGUUCAAGUCUUUCUAAAUGACUACCCUCAAAGCCAGCUAACAAUAAAUACAGUCUGUGCAUUAUGCGUAAUUUCUAUUUAGAUGGCUCUAUAUGUUUUUGUCUACAAGCCUUUUGAAGACCCUGUGAUUCAGAUUACCAACUUGAUCACUGAAUGUGGAAUUUCCAUUACCUUUAUAAUGAUUUGUCCAUAUUUUUUUGACUUAACAUCAACUGCGCUUGAUAAUAUGGACAGCUGUGUAAUGAUUUUUGUUAUUUUUAUUAUGGCAGCACAAACAGCUGGACCUUUAAUAAACUCAAUUAAAGAGUUAUAUGAGCUUGCUAAAAGAAGCAUGACAAAAGAAAUACGCUCGAAUCCAAUAAAAAUAUUGAAAAACCCGAGAAGAAUUGAUCUAAAUAACAUGAGUAAUUUCUUUGAGGAUGAAACUCCAGCUAUUAUUGAAUUUGCAGAUGCAGAAAAUAGGAAUUUUAAUCAAGAAAUACCAAAUCAAACAAAUAAAUAA